CCGGCACUGUGCUCGCGCCCCCAGCGCGCCAGUCCCGGGGCUGCAGGGAGCGCAGCGCGCGCGGCCCGGGCCCCGGCCACCGGAUGCCCUACCGGACACGACCCUCCCUGGAGCUUGGACAACUGCCCACCUCGGACACUGCACCGGACACUGCCCCCCACAGGACUGCACACUACUUCCCAGCUCCGGACAUUGCUCCCGCUUCUCCCCCCACCCUGGAUCUGGACGCUAUUUCCCCUCCCCCUCUGGGGGCCAGACCCGGAGCCCCCCGCAGGCUCUAGCUGGCGUCCCCUUGCACCCCAGUGCUGGACAUUGCUCUCUCCCUGUUGCUCUCUCCCUCCCUCCAGCCUCUGGUUUCCCCCGCCUGGAUCGUAUCCCCACCAGUUUCCCCGACCCCCUGCUGCUCCACCGCGGCGGCACGCGCCCCCAUCCCGGGUCGCUCGCCCGGAUGCCUCUCCCCGGGGGAUUGUGGUGGCUUCUCUGCUGCCGUCGAGGCUUUACUCUUCUGCACCGGGACUACGGGGACGGCGAGCUUAGCGGGGACGGGGACGAGGACGAGGACGAGGAGACCUUUGAGCUACGGACCCCGAGUUCAGCGGGCGGCGGGAGGGGCCCUCUGGACGUGACGCUGACUCAGCCGGUGAGGACGGGGCCUGUCUCCGACAGGCUGCAGAGCUCCGAGGAGACCCGGAGCCUCAUACCCGAGAAGGGGCCGCCAGAGGACGACCCGGACGUGGUCGUGAAAGGUUGGCUGUACCGCGAGCCCCGUGGAGGAGGCGCGCGGCCCUGGCUGCCCCCGCGCAGGGCCUGGUUCGUGCUCACCCGGGACUCCCUGGAUCAGUUCAGCGGCAGCGGGAAGGGGGCGAGGCGCCUCGGGAGCCUGGUGCUCACCAGUCUGUGCUCUGUGACCGGCCCAGAGCGCAAGCCCAAAGAGACAGGUCUGUGGUCAGUGACCGUGUCUGGCCGGAAGCAUAGCAUCCGUCUUUGCUCUCCACGCCAGGCUGAGGCUGAGCGCUGGGGGGUGGCACUUCGAGAAGUGAUUGCUUCCAAGGCACCUUUAGAGACCCCCACCCAGCUGCUACUUAGGGACAUCCAGGAGAGUUGCGGGGACCCAGAAGCAGUGGCCCUCAUUUACCAUCGGAACCCUAUUUUGAGGCACACGAGUGGGGCCUUGUAUGCCCCCCUCUUGCCCUUGCCCUACGGAGCCAGUGCCCCAGGUCCAGGCUACGCACCCUUGCGGGAGGAGGCGGUGCGGUUGUUCUUGGCGCUGCAGGCGCUGGAGGGGGCGCGGCGCCCGGGGCCCCUGAUGCAGGGUGUGCUCCAGACCUGCCGGGACCUGCCCGCGCUCCAGGACGAACUCUUCCUGCAGCUGGCUAAGCAGACCUCGGGCCCCGCGGGGCCCCCUGGUCCCCUCGCUACCCAUGACCCCGCGGCCCUGCGGUACUGGCAGCUCCUCACCUGCAUGAGCUGCACCUUCCGGCCUGGAGGAGCUGUGCGCGGACACCUCCUGGGGCAUCUGGAGAGGACCGAGCAGGCGCUCCCAGAUUCAGAGCUGGCUGAAUAUGCGCGCUUUAUCCGAAGAGCACUGGGCCAGACGCGAGGUCGAGAGCUGGUGCCCUCCCUGGCGGAGAUUUCCGCGCUUAGUCGGCGACAGGAGCUGCUGUGCACAGUGCACUGUCCCGGCGCUGGCGCCUGCCCAGUGACCAUCGACUCCCACACCACAGCAGGGGAGGUGGCACAAGAGCUAGUAGGCCGACUGGGCCUGGCCCGCAGCCGCAACGCAUUUGCACUAUAUGAGCAACGAGGGGCACAGGAGCGAGCUUUGGCUGGGGGGACCAUCGUGGCCGACGUGCUCACCAGGUUUGAGAAUUUGGCCGCCCAGGAAGCUGGUCUGGAAGAGUCACCUGAUGCCAAUUGCAGACUGUGCCUGCGUCUUCAUGGGCCUCUGCAUCCUGAGGGGCUAUCACCAGAUGGUCAUGAGCUCCCUUUCCUCUUCGAGCAGGCUCACGCUCUACUGCUGCGCGGCCGGCCGCCCCCCCCAGAGGACACCCUGCGCGCCCUGGCGGCGCUGCGUCUGCAGAGCUUGCACCGGGACUUCUCCCCACGGGUGCCCCUGCCACACCUGGACCGGCUGCUGCCGCCCCCAGCCCCGCGACGAGAAGACCCGCCUCGCCCAGCGCCCAGGCCGCUCCCCUCUGCUGCCCUGCUGGCCGGGGCACUCUGGAGCCCAGGACUGGCCAAGAGGCGGGCGGAGCGGGCUUGGCGUGGAGGGGCCGGCCACACGGCAGGAAGCGUGGCCCAGGAUGGCGGAGGCAACGCUGGAACAGAGGCUGCGGUGCUGGGUGGCUGGAAGCGGCUGCGGGGCAUGGGCCGAGCUGAGGCCAUGGCUGCCUACCUGGCUCUGGCGGCGCAGUGUCCGGGGUUCGGCGCUGCUCGGUAUGACGUUCUGGAGCUGAGCACGGAGCCUGGUGGGGGCACUCCACAGAAGUUAUGCCUGGGCCUGGGUGCCAAGGCCAUGUCCCUCUCCCGACCUGGUGAGACAGAGCCCAUCCACAGUGUCAGCUAUGGCCAUGUGGCCGCCUGCCAGCUAAUGGGGCCACAUACCCUGGCAUUGAGGGUGGGUGAGAGCCAGCUCCUCUUGCAGAGUCCCCAGGUGGAAGAGAUCAUGCAGCUGGUGAAUGCCUACUUGGCCAAUCCCUCCCCCGACGGGCCCUGCAGCAGCCCUUCUCCUCCUUGCCAAGACCUGCCAGACAUCUCCCCUCCCAGUCAGCACCCGGGCCUGGAAGAGCCCCAGGGACAGUCUGGCUGUUUGGGGCAGCUGCAGGACUGAGCCUGCCAAGAGGUCGUGACCUCUCUCCUGCCACCAGCCUGGGCCUGGACUGCUCCAAGAUUUGAGGAAACCACAGACUCUUUUGGCCCUGCAGGGACAGGGCAUACCCCAUACCCAAGGGCUGCAGUGGGUGCGGACAAUUUUCUAGUUUGUUUCUUAAUUUAUUUGUAGAAGAGAAGCCAAAAGGGGAAAAAAAGUCUUAUUUACACAAAA